AUGGCGCAAGACAUAGUCGAAGAGUACAACCACCAAUCGACGUUCACGUACUCUUCCAAAAUCGAAGACGAAAUCCGCAAUGGUGCGGUCGAAAAGCCUAAAGGGUAUCGCGUGUCGUGGCACCAUAACCCUGACGUUGAGCGCUAUCAUUUCGGUCAAUUGCACCCUAUGAAAGUAUGGCGCCUCACACUCACCAAAAGCCUUAUAAUGGGCUAUCAAAUGCACAAUGCUAUGGAUCUCUAUUCCUCACGUCCUGCUUACAAGGAGGAAAUUGCCCGUUUCCACAAGGAAGACUACGUCGAAUUUUUGUCAGUCGCGACUCCCAAGAAUCUCAUCGAAAUGUAUCCGGAACUUGCCCAGCCAACAGGGUUCAGCUCAUCUGUCUACGGCGUGGGAGAUGACUGUCCAAUUUUCGACGGGCUUUUUGAGUACUGUUCAUUCUAUGCUGGUGCCUCAAUCGACGCUGCCAGUAAAUUGGUUAAUCAGCAGUCUGAUAUCGCCCUUAACUGGACGGGAGGGCUGCAUCACGCGAAGAAAGGCGAGGCAUCUGGCUUCUGCUACGUCAAUGACAUCGUCCUAGCUAUAAUUGAACUGCUAGCCUAUCAUCCACGAGUCCUGUACAUCGACAUAGACGUGCAUCAUGGUGAUGGAGUGGAAUCUGCAUUUUGGAGCACCGACCGAGUCUUCUGUGUUUCCUUCCAUAAAUACGAUAAGGAAGUAUUUUUCCCUGGAACAGGCCCACUAGACAGUACAGGUCCGCAUCACCCCGAUAAUCCUGGACGGAAUCACACCAUCAAUGUGCCUCUCAACGACGGCAUAACGGACGCAGAUUAUGCCUACCUGUUUGAUACAGUUAUUGGAGCAGUUACCCGGAACUAUGACCCUUCCGCGAUUGUUCUACAAUGUGGAGCUGAUAGUUUAGGCCACGACCGGCUUGGAUGUUUCAACCUCAACAUUAAGGGUCAUGGACAUUGCGUGCAAUAUUGCACCGAUUACUGUACGAAGUUCAAGAAGCCACUGCUAGUGCUUGGUGGUGGUGGCUACACACCUCGCAACGUGGCCCGGGCUUGGGCUCACGAGACUUCGAUCACCAUUGGCGCUGCAAACAAGAUCGAUCCCGACUUGCCGGAGGACAUGCCGUAUCGUGAACAUUUCAGAAGGGAGGGCAUGACCUUGUUUCCUAACCUCGGAGGCUGGAAAGGACAGAAUCUUAACACAAGAGCUGAUAUUGAUAAGAUUGUGCGAUCAGUGCAUGAACAAAUGAGAUAUAUACGAGGUGCACCAUCAGUACAAAUGAAUUACAUCCCCAAAGAAGUGAACCAAUGGCGCGAAGAGGCUGAGAAAGAGCAUCAAGCGAGGCGUAUGGAAAGAGAGGAACGAAUGGAAGAGAGAGAUGGUGCUGGAGGAUUGCUAGCAUUGAAGAGUCGUCGAAGAGAACUUGAGAAAAAUGGUCUUUUCGCCGGCAAUAUGGGCAACAUGAAGACGAGCGAAUUCAUGACCGGCCCCAUAAGCGGCUGA